AUGUCCUACAACGAUGGCUGCAAUCGAAAUCUUGAGAAAGUCAAGGAAUUUGGCGAUGACAUGAGAAAGCAAACGGAACAAAAUCGUGCUAUGGAUAGCCCCUUAGGUCAUCUCGAUCCAUCCAGAUUCACUCACAUGGUUGUUGAUCAAGUUGGUCUUGGCGGAGCAGCCGUUCAUCCUGAUAAUGACGGUUUCAUGGUCCCAGGGCCUCCCAGUCAGGUCCUUUACUUCCAGCAGCGGCCACGUUCGUCUCCCGUCUCUAGUCCGUCGGUUAUGUCCUCGCCUUCUAGAGGCAUGGACGGUUGUGCGCAAAUGCAGCCUCGUUUGGGUACGCCGACGAAUGUGAUGCAUAUGACGCCAGGUGCUAUUGGAAGCCCGUCUAUCUACAAUGCACCGAUGACACCACAGCAGAUGGUACAGCAACAGCAGCAGCAGCAAGGAAUGAUGCAACGUCAACCAACUCCGACAGGACAAUUUGAUCAGAAUGGAGGAUUCACUCAGCAGCAACAGGUGCAACAGGGAUAUCCCCAAGGGAUCUCGGAAAGCCCAGGAGCUACCCAUAUGCAACAACAAAUAUUGGCUGGAGGGCAAGGGAAUGGUUCGCCAAUAAUGUAUGCCAGGCAGCCGCAACAAAUAAUCGGACAACAACAACAACAGCAGAAUUUGCAGCAGCAGCAAAUGGCUGGCCAACAGACGACCAUGAAACCACCUGCUAAAAUUGUUCUCGAACUUCCCAAAUAUCUUUAUGAAUUGGGAACCCUUGUGGUGGUACAGCCACAGAUGGGCAUGAUGGUUAGUAGUAACCAACAGUAUUAUCAACAACAGAACCAACAAGUGCAGUGGACACAGCAACAGCAACAGAUGCAACAACCACAUUUUGUCCGUCAACCUCAAAUGAUGGGAGCAGUGCAAACGCAACGAGUAAUUAUACAGCGAGUACCAUAUCCACCUGGCACAGCCUAUCCCACUGGAAUGCAAGCUGUAACGCAACAGCAGCCACAACCACAAGCAGUCGUAGUGCAGCAGGCAGGAAGACCAACUGGCGCACCACAGCAACAAACUCAGCGACCGACGUAUCCUUCUGGGGCCGCGCCACAACAAGCACAGCAGUACGUCUAUUCUACCGGACAGCCAGCUGGCUAUCCGCAACCGCAAACCGCUCAGGCGACGUAUCAACAGCAGAUGUACCAGAGACAGCAGCAGGUUCGGGUUUUCUUGAACUCGAUGAUUCUUUUUUGA